AUGUCUGCCCUCAUCGGAAACACUCUACUCACCCAAGACGGCACCGAAGUGAAGGCUGACGAUGUGCUCGCUGGGAACGAGAAGAUUGCCUUGUACUUCUCGGCUCACUGGUGCCCUCCUUGUCGGAAGUUCACUCCUGUACUAAAGGAGUUCUACGAGGAAGUGAAGGAAGAGGAGGGCGAGGACAAGUUGGAGAUCAUAUUCAUAUCUAGUGACAACUCCGAGGAGGAACAGGUGGAGUACCACAAGGAGGACCAUGGGGGCUGGCUCAGAGUGCCAUACAGUGACGUUGAGACCAGAGAUGCUCUUAAGAAGGAAUUUGGUGUGUGUGCGGGGAUCGAGAAGGAGAAUCUGGGCAUCAUCAAUGACGACCAUAAAUCGGGCAUACCUUGCCUUCUUAUAUUGGACGAGGACAAGCGGAGUGUGAAGGUCUUCGAUGGCGUGAAUGACGUCAAGACGAUGGGCCCAGUAGCCGUCGAUAUGAAUUACCCCUUCCAUGCAGUUAUCGAGGAUCCCGAGACGUCCUCUCCUGGAGACCUCUAUGAGCGGACAUUCGCAGACCUGGUCACAGCAGCAGCUGGGGCUAGACGAGGGGCCCUACUCCUUGUCAUCGGCUCUACCACGCUGGGAAGGAGACUAUUGGACCAACUUGGGGCUCAGGCCCUCGAACAGAGCAGGUCAAAGCAGGUCUCCGUGGAAGUAUACGAGACGGCUCGAGACGGAACCACCGCGGGCCAGCUCGUGGAGAAGACCAUCUGUGAGAGCCCCGAGGACGUCCUCACUUGCAUGUCUCUGGGACGGAGCUUGAUCUCGUCGCCGUACAGCGACCUCUGUAGCGUCAUCACAUUCCACGGCGGUUCGGCUACGGUCAUCAACUCAUCGUGUCAAUCUCUCGGCUCGUUUAUAUUCCCUUCCUUGAUCCGUACCAUACCUUCCAUAACUCACACAUGCUUGCUCCUCUGCUUGCCCACCAUCGUGUCACACCCCGAAGGGCUCGAGAGAGAUCUCAGAAGAGCACUGGCUCUGGUCGGGAGACGGCCGUUGGAUGCCGAUCAGGAGCUGGAGGCUCUUAUAGUCGCCUGGGAAACCAAAUAUGGUCUGGACCGGGGAGAGGAGGCUGGCAGAGUUGGAAGGCUGCGAGCUGUUGAAGAGAAGCUCAGUGAUGAAAUUGAUGAGAUAACGGAGCAGUGUGAGAGGCACCGUAGGAGGGCCAGCGUCCUUAGCGACCGACUCAGCGAAGUAGCACAGUUCGGUGUGCUCUCUGGUGGGAGGGACAAGGAUGAAGUCACAAGACAGGAGUUGGCCGAGAGCCGACAGGCCCGCAAGGAGUUGGCGGCCAAGUUGGACGAGCUGGAGGGGAUCAAGACCGAGAUAGAGGCUGACAGGGACCGUCUGGCGGUUGAGGCAGGGGCACAGAGACGUGCCAGUGACAAGCUGAGGGAGGAAGUCACCAAGUGGCGGCGUUCGUUGGAAGCCAUGCAGCAGCAAAUGGCCAUGGACACAGGGGCUCGAGCAGCUGAGGAGACCAAGCUCAUAGAGGAGCUCGAGAAGGCGAGGGGACAGACUGCCAAGGCCGAGUCAGCCCUAGAGGAGGCCAAAAAAGCGCAUCGCUCCGCCGUAGACCAAGCCGAGGCCCUCAAAGUAGAUCUGAGCACCAGUAGAGGGCGCGUGAUGGACCUCGAGAGCCAGCUAUCGAAACAGUCCUGUAGCUUCCAGAAGACCAUCGAGGGUAUUCGCCGAGAGCACGAGCUGGUCAGGACUGAACUAGAGGCUGAGAUCCAGUUGUUGAGGCGUGAGGUAGAUGAACACAACAGGAGCUUAGUAGCAGCUGCGGACAAGGCAAGUCAGUUGGAGGGCACGGUCCGACGGCUACGAGAGGAGGGCUCCAAUAUAGUUGAGGAAAACAACCAGUAUCGCCUCCGAGUGGACGGGCUUGUCCAGCGAGUUGCCGAGCUCACCCAGCUUUGGCAGGAAUCAGAGGCCUUGAGGGAGGAUGAGGGCCAGCGGCUGAGGGCCGCGCUGAGGUUAGCGGAUGAGAAGUCCCACGACCUUGACGUGGUCACUGCUGAGGUCAUAGCCCUUCGUAGUGAGAAGAACUCUCUUGUGGAGGAGCUCUCACGCUUGCAUACUGCGGAGGAGGCCUCAGCGGAUGCUGACUUGUCGUCUAAGGGGGCCCUGGCUCUAGCAAGGACGGAGGGAAUACCAAUGACGAGUUUAUCGUGGGCUAGUCGAGAUAUCACUAUGGAGCUCGAAGAGGCUCACCAUAGGAUGAAGGCGGAGAUCGUCGAGUUGACUGAGGCCCUAGCAGUCGCUGAAAGGGCCGCUCUCGAGGCACAAGAACAACAGGCCUUGUCUUGUCGACUGCCCUUGGUGCAGCGAGAGUUGCUAGAUAGAAGGACCAAUUGGUGCCAGACGGACAUUGCUGGCUGCAAGCUGAGGCUGCCGGAGCCCUCCAAGAGCUUCGAUGAUUUCAUCAGCCAACAGGUUGUCGCUGCAGCGAGUUUCGUAGAGAAAGAGCUCCUGGGUAGAAUCCACUCCCUCGAGACUGCUUCUGAACGGGCCCACAUGAGUGGCGAGGACUAUAAGGAGAGGGCUCGUCGUGCUGAAGCAUCUCGAGUGGAGCUCCUAGGGAACCUAGCGCAGGCAGAUGAGAAGGCAGGGCAGCUGCAACGAGAGAAGGAGGAGAGUGUAUAUAAGUUGGCUCUCGUCGAGGAGGAUAACAAGAAACUCCGCGAUGAAGUGUUCGCUGUGAUCGAACGUCUGAAGACUACUGAGGAGCUCCACAAGGAGGAACUGGCGUACUUGACUGAACACGACUCCAAGGCGUUGAGGGGCAUCAUUGCAUCGAGAGAAGGCCGACUAUUGGAAAUGGAAACCACCCGGCUAGAGGCAGCAGCUAACGCUGCUGCUGUCCGUGAACGGGACUCAGUGGUGGGAGUACUACGAGAGGAAUGCGACAGGCUGAAGGGCGAAGUACAGGACUUACGCUCUGAUAAUAUAUCCCUGACCGCUCAGCUCGAGAAAGUCUCCAGCAGUUUGCAUCGUUCGGAGCACGAGAGCAGACAAAACUUGACUCAGCAAAUAAGUGGCUACGAAGAGGUUAUCGCCUCGUUGAGAGCUCGCUGCGAAGAGUUGCAGAAAGGCUCUGAUGAGCGUAUACGAGGAGAAGUGAGUAGCAUGCAAGAUGAGCUGACUUCGAUGCGACAAGAGUUGUUGGAGUCCUCAAGGCUGUUGGCGGAGCAAAUCUCCCGGAGUGCUCUGCUAACGGGUGGCUAUGAAGUCGUCAUUGCUGAACUGAGGGCCCGCUGUGGGGAGCUGGAGGCUCUAGUGGAGAGAGGGCAAGCGGCGCGUUUCGAGGAACUUCGAGGAGCUGUCAACGAUAGUAGCAAUGUGGUGAUCGCUGACUCCAGCAAGGCAGAGAUGACUAAAACGUCAGGGAUGCUCCCUGAGGGAACGACGAACAUGCCCAUUUCAUCAGCUAAGGAAUCGUUGGCUUUCGUUGAGUUGCAGACCCACCGAGCCGAAGGGCUGUCUAUGGCGUUGGAGGAUAUCAAGUCACGUGAGCAACCACCUCCUCUUGAAUAUUCUCACCGUGGAGGAGACCUCGAACUUGCUAUUCAAAAGUCAACAAAGUUGGAGGCCGAAUUGCAGUGCGCUAGAAACGACUUGAAUGCGGCGCGUAUGCUCGCUGAGCAACAGGCUGACGAGAUCUCUGAGAUUGGAAAAAUGCGAGACCAAGGGGAUCGAGAAUCGUUCGAACGACUUAGCACGUUACGUGAGGACUUCAGCGGUCUGGAGAUGCAAAUGAGGACUAAAGUGCAGCUUCUCCUCGCGGACCUCGGCAGUUCUCUUGGGGUUCCAAUCGAUGACAAGAGGCCGUUCUACUCCCUGUCAAAUGCAGCUGAGCUGGGUCAUGCUUUGAAGGGAGCUGCUGAGGGUUUGCAACGCGAUCAGAAGCUCUCCCAACAGCGUUGUGAAGAUUUGCAACGACAGUUGGAGCGUGCCAAUUCGGCGCUUGAACAAGCACGGGAAUCUGCAGGAGGGUUGUUGGAAGAAUUUAGAUCCAUUUUGAAGGCGAUGAGCUUCCCUGUGGGAGAUAGUUGGGGUGCUGACUCCCCGGGGCCUGUCGUUGACAAGGUGCGCAGACUGAGGGAUGCGGCAAACGAAUCUCGAUCACGUGUGGAGGAAUUAGAAAGAGAUUGUAAACGUCUUCGGGGAGAAGUUGAAAACUCUAGUGCUGAGCUGCGUUCGCGAGAGGAAGAGAUCAGCGUGUUACGUCAUAAACUGGAGGCGACUGAGGAAGCUAGAGCGGAGCUGGAAGGGAGGUUGACGGUCAUGUGUGAUGAAGUUGCCACGAGCAGCGAUAUAGCGCAGUCGGCUCGGAUGGAGGUCGCCUCGAGAGUAGCUGAGGUAGAGCUGCUCACAAGGGAGAACAAGGAGUUGCUGGAGGAGAUGUGCCAAGUUCGGGAGAGGUCGUCGAUGAUGGUUAAGGAGUUGGAGGGACGAUUUCGAGAGGCGGCAUCCAUGACCUUAAACGAUGCGCUUGGCAAUCUCAAGGCGCUUGAGGAUGAGCACUCAUCAGGUGUCAUAGGAACGCAACAGUGUUGGCGAGAAAGGUGUGGUAUGCUGAUAGAAGACGCUCGAGCUGUCUGUCACUCCCUGGAGCUGCGAGGGCGGACUGCGGAGGAAUCAGCUGAAUGGGCCGGCGUCCUUCUUGAGGCAGCACGUGAGCAUUCUGAUGCUGUGUCGAGUGAACUACACGAUGUGAAGGAGGGGGUGGAGGAUCUCCGGGAGGAGCUGGAGAGAGCUCAAGAUUUGAUGGUGGUCGAACAAGGCAGACAUCGACAGGAGCUGAUGUCGCUCCGGACUCGGCUGGUGGACUCGGGAGGAGAUUACACCACACGAGAGAGGUUGAGCAUGCGCCUAGCUGAUGCCCAGUCUUCACUCGGAGCGGCAGAAGAGUGCCGUAUAGGGUUUAGGCGUCUCUUGGCAGAUCUCGAGCAUGUGACACCAAGGUGGCUAAAGUCCCUCGAGGAGUUCGAACGAGCAUCGAUGCGCGCCGCUGAUUAUGAGUCUCGCCAAGAACCGAACUCCUUUGCUUUUGCGACGAGUGGUAGUCUGAGGAGGAGCAUCGUCGAACCACGAGAAAUGGGUGCGAUAUCGGAGCUCAUCACUUCAUCGAGGAGAGAAGUCAGCAAGUUCUGUGAGGUCACUAAAGAGGGUCUCGGCAGGUUUAAUGAGCGGAGACAAGAGACCCUGCGGUCCCUCGAGCGUGCCAGUAUGGCCAACGAGGAUCUUAUAUCGAGAGGUUGGAUGGCUCUUGUUGACGUGAAUGCUGUGAAGGUGGGAUGCGUCUUCUUUGGAGGCUCUCGAAUUGCCGCUUGA